UUAAGCGAUAAACUCCCGGACAGAAAAUGGCGACGGCGGGGAGCCGGACCUCGUCGUCGGGAAUAUAUGAGUCGAAUAACGGCACAAAUAUUGGAAGUGGUCCUCAGGGAAACUCAAGCACCCCUAGUCUCCCUAGCAGUCCGGGUAAGGCAAAGAGUAGUACCGGGGAAAACGCACAAUGGAGACGUAAAGAGCUACGGAAAGUCCGAAGCGUGGAUCUGGAUAAACCUGAGUCGCUGCUCCUGUCUCCAGAGACUGGAACGGCUCCGAUAUCAGCGCAGCUGCACUUCUUGUCUAUUUCCUCGCCGGGUGCAGUCCAGGCAACUUUAUUACAGCAAACUCACCACAUUCAGCAGAGUAACUCACUAACUGACCACCCUCUCUCAGAUAAAGCGAGUAAUAAUUUUUCUCCAGCCGCUCAGGAAUUGUUGAACAUUUCUUUAAAAAACAGCAGCGACCAUCUCAGUCCGGAUAAUGGUGCUACCGGAACUUCCAUAGAACUGAGCGCUACACAAAAUAGUCGCGACAUGGAGAGUAAGGACACCCUGCGGGGUCUGCAAAAGAUGGAGGACCGGCCCGAGGAGCGCAUGAUCCGGGAGAAACUCAAGGCCACAUGCAUGCCCACCUGGAAGCAUGAGUGGCUGGAGAGACGCAGCCGAAGAGGCCCUGUGGUGGUGAAGCAGGUCCCCCUGCGACCGGACGGGAGCGAGGCAGGCAGCAAGGGGCCCGAGGUUGGAUCCGACCCUGCCCCCAGCGCCUCCCCCCAGCCGAGCAGGGGCCGACGCAGCCCCUCCCCCGGGCCCCCCUCCUCCUCGUCCUCCUCCACCUCCUCGGGCCGGGCUGGCGUGAAGCCGGAGUCCCCCGGGGUGCGUAGGAAGAGGGCGUCGCCCGUGACGUAUCAGAGUGGCAGGGUAACGCCCCCUCGCCGGCCCCCCUCCCCAGACGGCUUCUCGCCCUACAGUCCCGAGGAGACCAGUCGCCGUGUCAACAAGGUCAUGAGGGCACGCCUCUACCUACUGCAGCAGAUUGGCCCAAACUCCUUCCUGAUUGGAGGAGACAGCCCAGAUAACAAAUACAGGGUGUUCAUUGGCCCACAGACCUGUAGUUGUGGCCGAGGGGCGUUCUGCAUCCACGUCCUGUUCGUCAUGCUCCGGGUCUUCCAGCUGGAGUCCUCGGACCCCCUGCUCUGGAGGAAAACCCUGAAGAACUUUGAGGUGGAGAGCUUGUUCCAGAAGUACCACAAUCGGCGCAGCUCGCGAAUAAAGGCACCGUCGCGCAACACCAUCCAGAAGUUUGUGUCCCGCAUGGCCAACCCCCACCCGUCCUGUCCAUCCAGCCCCUCCGGCCCCUCCAGCAAUGACAGCAGUCUGAAGGAUGAGGAGGAGCAGAUGUGUCCCAUCUGUCUACUGGACAUGUUGGAUGAGGAGAGCCUGACCGUGUGUGAGGAGGGCUGCAGGAACAAGCUGCACCACCACUGCAUGUCCAUCUGGGCUGAGGAAUGUCGACGGAACCACGAGAAGCUCAUCUGCCCACUCUGUAGAGCCAAGUGGAAGUCCCAUGAUUUUUCCAGCAGCCAUGACACCUCAGUCUCCGUGGAGAUGGCGGUGGGUCGUCCCCAGGUGUCACCGUCCCAAAGCGAGUCGGGCUCCCGGGGAGGGUCAUCAUCCCAGGAGGGGGACUUCACCCUGCCCCAAUACGGAGUCCAGCAGAUACCCCAGACCUACAAGGAACUGGCCGAGCCUUGGAUAAAGGUGUUCGGCAUGGACCUGGUCGGCUGCCUGUUCUCCCGGAACUGGAACAUACGGGAAAUGGCGCUGCGCCGGCUGUCGCACGACGUCAGCGGCGCGCUCCUGUUAGCCAACGGCGAACGCUCCUUCCCGGGGCUGGGGGCGGGCUGUACGGAGGUGUCUGGCGACGUGGUGGUGGAGUCCUGCUGCAGCGUCCUGUCCAUGGUGUGCGCCGACCCGGUCUACAAGGUCUACGUGGCGGCUCUGAAAACAUUGCGGGCCAUGCUGGUGUACACGCCGUGCCACUCGGCGGUGGAGCGCACACGCCUACAGCAGCUGCUCCGGCCCGUGGUGGAGACCAUCCUGGUGAAAUGUGCCGACGCCAACAGCCGUACCAGCCAGCUGUCAGUCUCAACCCUGCUGGAACUGUGUAAAGGCCAAGUUGGAGAGCUGGCAGUGGGCAGAGAGAUCCUUAAAGCAGGGUCAGUCGGUAUCGGCGGGGUGGACUAUGUCCUGAACUGCAUCCUGGGUCCCCAGACCGAAGCCAAUAACUGGCAGGCCCUGCUUGGCCGCCUGUGUCUGAUCGACAGGCUUCUGCUGGAGUUCCCCGCCGAGUUCUACCCCCACAUCGUCUCUGGGGGGGACUGUCACCAGUCCCAGACACUGGGGGAGAGGUAUCAGAAGCUCCUCCCCCUCCUGAGCUUUGCUCUGCAGUCCAUCGACAACUCCCACUCCAUGGUGGGCAAGCUGUCCCGCCGGGUCUUCCUGAGCGCCGCCCGCAUGGUGGCCCGCGUGCCGCACGUCUUCGUCAAGCUCCUGGACAUGCUGAGCGUCACCAGCUCCACCCACUACGCCCGCAUGAGGCGCCGUCUGCUCGCCAUUGCUGAAGAGAUGGACAUCCUGGACGCUAUCAGCCUGGGCCGGGAGAGCCUGGAGCAGCAUGGCGCCGGCGAGGCGCACCAGCGUUCCAGCGCCGCUUUCCCGGAGCCCUGCGUGCCUCAGAACUCCCCCGACGUCACGGAGAGCAACACCCCCACGCAUACGGUCCAGCUGACCGGCGGGAGGGGCGCCAGGGGGGGCUUUGCCAGGGCGCCGGCCAGCCCAGAGGAUAUAAGCGAGAGGUUGGCGGCCAUCUCCGCUGGCGCCGGGCAUUCCGGGGCGGCCGCGUCGGCGUACGGAGGGUCCCCGGCAGAGCACACAAAGCCCCCCGUUCAGGCGCGUAACCGCCCCCUCAGCCAGGGCCUGAACUCCCCCUCCUCCAGCCAAGCCCCCAGCCUCCCCUCCCCUUCUGGCUCACACCCUACCCCCUCCUUCCCGGGCCCUGAUAGCGUUCCCAAACCCCGGCCCCAGAGCUUUGUCCCCGGCAGGCUGGCAUCAGCUGCCCCCUGCUCCGCCCCCUCCCGCUCCCCGGGAACCCAGCGCCGGUUCCCCCCGCAGAAGCCCUGCGGCAACAAAGACCCGGAGAAGCAGCUCCCCUCCCCCUGCUUUACCCAGGCCCGACCCCUCCCCUCCAGCCAGAUCCACAGACCAAAGCCUUCCCGACCCACCCAAUCCGAAGGGGCCACGGCGCUCUGCGCCACAGCCGCCCCGAGUGCUUCCAAGAGCGGCAUGAAGCUGGACCUGCGGGGGGAGUCGACCGGUGCAACCAGAGGUGACGGCCCCUCCACCGGGUGCCCCAUGGGGGGAGCGACCACCCUGAUCACCAGCGAGGACAGCUGCUUCACCCCCGUGGACGACAAGUUCCGCAGCCUGGACGCCUCGGCCGAGCUCAACUCCUCCGUGGAGGACCUCCUGGAAGCCUCCAUGCCGACCGCCGGGGACGCCACCACCGUCACCUUUCAGUCGGAGGUGGCUGUGCUCUCGCCCGAGCAGGCCGGGGAUUGGCCGGGGGGAGGGGGGGAGGUGGGAACGUACAGCGAGGACGUGACGCGGCACCAGAAGUGCAAGGAGAAGAUGGAGGCGGAGGAGGAGGAGGCUCUGGCCGUGGUCAUGGCCAUGUCGGAGUCGCAGGACGCUCUGCCCGUCAUCCCCCAGCUCCAGGUGGACAAAGACCAGGACGUGAUCAUCAUCCAGGCUGAUACCCCUGAGACUUUGCCUGGCCACACCAAAGCGAAGCAGCCAUAUAAGGAGGGCCAUGAGUGGCUGAAGGGCCAGCAGAUCGGCCUGGGGGCCUUCUCCUCCUGCUAUCAGGCCCAGGACGUUGGCACUGGAACCCUGAUGGCCGUCAAACAGGUGACCUAUGUGAGGAACACGUCCUCCGAGCAGGAGGAAGUGGUGACUGCUCUGAGGGAGGAGAUCCGGAUGAUGGCCCACCUCAACCAUCCCAACAUCAUCCGCAUGUUAGGAGCCACCUGUGAGAAGAGCAACUACAACCUGAUGGUGGAGUGGAUGGCAGGUGGUAGCGUAUCCCAUCUCCUGAACAAAUAUGGUGCCUUUAAGGAGGCCGUGAUCAUCAACUACACUGAACAGCUGCUCCGAGGUCUGGCCUACCUCCACGAGAACCAGAUUAUCCACAGAGACAUCAAAGGUGCCAACCUGCUGAUUGACAGCACGGGCCAGAGGCUGAGGAUAGCCGACUUCGGGGCUGCAGCCAGGCUCGCUUCCAAGGGCACCGGAGCAGGGGAAUUCCAGGGACAACUGUUAGGAACCAUUGCCUUCAUGGCCCCCGAGGUGCUGCGUGGACAGCAGUACGGCCGGAGCUGUGACGUGUGGAGUGUGGGCUGCGCCAUCAUUGAGAUGUCCUGUGCCAAGCCCCCCUGGAACGCCGAGAAACACUCCAACCACCUGGCGCUCAUAUUCAAGAUUGCCAGCGCCACCACGGCACCCUCCAUCCCCCCCCAGCUGACACCAGGUCUGAGGGAUGUCACCCUGCGCUGCCUGGAGCUGCAGCCCUCCGACCGCCCUCCCUCCAGGGAACUGCUCAAGCACCCUGUCUUCCGCCUCAACUGGUAGCCCCCCCAACAUCUCCCCCCCCCCAAUUCCUCCCUAUCCCAAAGAGUCUGCACGGAAAUACUACUGAAGAACCCAGCCAGCCUGUCUACUCUGCUCCUCAUCCUCCAAGCCGCUGCCCAUCAGACCAGCCUCCCUGAAAGCCCUCCAUUCACCCCAGAACGCCCUCCAUCCUCCCCCGGAGCCUUCCCAGCAGUGGUCAGUGCUUGGGAUGGAUGGGAAACUGGGCUACUGCUAUGCCUUUCCCCUACCAUGUCGUCAGACUGCUGUACGUUAGAGGAGAAUGCAAAAAAAUAAAUAUAUUCACUCAAGUUCUAUGGAAACCGUGCCUUAGUGGUAAUGCCAUGUUGGUUAACUGUGGUCUGUAUUGCUCUGUUUUGGGAACUAAAUGGUUCAUUCAGCACUUUGGUAGCCGUUCUGCAAUGCCGCGAAGGUUUAGAGAAGUUAUUUUUCCCCCCAUUUGAACCCAUGUGAGUAGUCCUUUGAACCACAAAGGAAAUACGUUUUUAUCACUUAAGUUUUGAUGUCUUGUCACAAGUUCAGACAUGGUUUUUGUUUUUAAGAGUGUAUUGUGUAGACGGAAGGCAUUUAAGCGGUUUAAUUGGUUCGUUUUGUGCAUAACUGCAUUUAUACAUGGAUGCCUUUAAUUUGUGCAUUUUACUGUUGGGCCAUAAAGCUUAGUCGAAUAAUCACUUAAGUGUUUCAGGGAAUGCAGAUGUAUCUAACAGAUGUUGCUAGUUUAGCUAGCCUAAUGCUAGCAUAACGCUGAAUGUGAACGCUUUUGCUGACAGGUGUUGUCUCGAAUAUAUUUUUUUGUUACUUGGAAAAGAGCCCAUGUUUAAAGUUUCAUAUCUUUUUUUUGGGUGUCUUUUCAAAACUAUUGUUAGAGUUUGAGAUGUUCAUUUUUGAUGUUUUCAGAACAUCGUUUUUGCGUAAUGCCACGCCGUUAAAAACACCGUCAGCCUCUUAACUCUCGCUGUUACGAUUGAGCCAUGUGCAUCGUGCAUAUUUUUGUUCUUUUUUUUAAUAAUUUCACAAGCCCUAGAAAAUUAAGCUGUGUCGUUAAUAUUCAAAACCGCUAUUUUAAAUAUUGACCUACCAUUCUUGUGGUGCUGUUCCGUUGUAGAAUGUCACGCUACAAUUCAGCAAUUUUUUUGAUCUGGGAACUAUUUCUUGAGAAAUUUGAUAAUCUGUGUACUUCUGAGGUUUUCUACGAUUUUUCUAUUUUCCAUUGGAGAUUUUCUAUAUCAUAAAUAUAAAUGUUCAAUUGUUAUACUUUUUAAUGGUGGGGGGAUAUUUCUGAACUCAAUGCAGAGACUUCCCCCAUCUGUUUUUGAUUGGAAAUCUCAUGCAUGUUCUUAAAAUGGUGUUACUUGUAUGAACUAUAACCCUUCAAGUCUUGUUGCUUUGGUUGUAAUCAGUUAAAGUAAAAGGAUGAUAAUUGAGAUGAAGAAUAUUUCCCUUUUAUAAAAUAGGGCAUAUGCAUUUUUAUUGCCGUUUUUAUUCGGAGCCCCUAAUGGAAAGGUAUAAGACCAUUUUAAAACUACUUUUUAAGCAGAAAAUGUAAUCUAUUUAAUACAAAUCCUAUAUCUUUUUGUGGGGUACAAGCUAAUCAAGCUUGAAGAGUUAAAUGUAAAUAAAUGUGAAGUUUGGUAGCUAAAAAUUAUUGUACUUGACUGUUAUUUUUUUACCACACGCUUUUCCAUAAAUACAUUUUUUUUUCUGCUUCGGGUUAUUUUUAAUCAUCUUACUUUUCAAUGUCUUUUUAAAAGCUUUAAAUUUAUGCACUCUUGUCUUUUUAUAUACUGGAAGAGAAAUCAGUUUCUGUCAAAUUCAUAAAAGCUAAUCAGUAUUACUUCAAAUAUCAUGCCUAUAAUUCUUAUCAAUUUCUAUGCCUUCUGAAGUCUCCUCUUAUCCACCUAUGUCUCAGCCAGCUUGCUGGUUUUGUGUAUUUUAUUUUCUUUUAUGCUGAUGUAAUGUAAUCUUAUUUCCUGUUUUGGAUCUGAGCUGGACUGAUUUUUGUGUGAAAUUGUAUGCUGUUUCCUGUGUCACUUGGUGGUACUUCUUUUUUUAUUUGUAAAGAACGUCUAUUGCUGUUUUAUUCCAGUCUCCACUACCUCAGGUGUCCUAUAGAGUCUCUUCUACCAAAGUUCACUUUUUCAAUAUAUAUAUAGAUAUAAAUAUAUAUUCUUUUUUUGUGACUAUUUUGUUUUUUGAUUUCUCUUCAAAGAUUUCCAGGGCUAACUUAAAUUAGCACCUUUUUCGUGCAAAUAAACUCCUGCAAUAUCUGGGUUAAGAAAAAUACAAAUUGGCCUAAACUGUAUCCUGUAAGUUAAAAUAUAUCAGUAUAUUUUAAUUAUUCAAAUGUUUACCCCAUUCAAAGCAUUUCACAGCAUAAAUUUGAACUUAAUUUGGUGUUGUCUUUAUAGUAAAUAAACAUAAAAUAGUGAAAAGCA